UUCCUCUCAAGAAGACCUUGGGUUUUUAGUUGGAGUUAAACCGAUGUUGCUUUUACGUCUCGUUUUACGUAGUAUUAGUUUUCUUUUUUCUUGCGAGUUACCAAGAGUGUCUUUUGCAAAAAUGGAUUUAACGAAAAUUUUGUUUAUACCCAUCAUGGGCUCUGCUCUGUUCUUGCGGUACUGUCAUUGUGCCUUUUCCGGGUCCAUUGUUGAAAAAUGCGACUCACGCGGCGUCUACGACAUGGAGAUAUUCUUCACGCAGGAUGGUUCCGCCGGAACCGGAAACUGUAGCUGUCCUGAUUGGAUCGGUGAUAGAUGUUGUCAAGUGCUUGAGCGUCUGCAAGCGAAGCUGCCCACGUGCAAUCCAGGAUGUCUUAAUGAAGGCGUAUGCUUUACCAACGAUACUUGCCAAUGCGUCAAUGGGUUCUUUGGUCCUCGCUGCGAAAGAGGCGGUGAUAUGGAAGAACGUCUGAAGCCCCGUCUCAAUCCCACGCUGCCUCUACGUGACCUCUAUCAGCCCCUCUCCUGGUAUGACGGCCCCGAGGCCGCCUGGGACAACAGGGCCUGCUACGUGAAGGUCUCCAUGGAGAACUCCCCAGAUGACGUCAUUAUAACCGCGGUGAGCACGAAGAGUGACGUCAUUUCCGCUACAUUCGGUAAUUUUACGGCUGGCCCUAUGGACGCCGAAGGAAAAAACAAUGGAUCUUUUCGAUUUGCAUGCCUGGAGGUUCGAUGUCCGAGUGCCAAUAUUUCCGGGGAUGCAUUUGAUGUCACUGUCGAUGUCUCGUUGGAGUCCGCUUUUGGGCCUUGUCACAUAAGCGAGCAUGCCAGUAUCAGCGGCUUCAAAAAGGAGGCGGCAGCCGACGCCGGAAAUAGUGACAAAGGGCGCUUCGUGCUCCAUUACGGCAACAACUACGGCUCCAAGUUCGGCGUGUAUGCCGUCAACGGUUAUUUGACAAACGCUCUCUACCUAUCACGUCAGAAAUGCUACAGCGGCAGCGAGUUUGACGUCACUAACGUCAACGUCACUCGAGGCGCGGCCAUCACGUACGCGUGCUAAACAGGCAUGUGUCCGUUUUUACCAACCCAUUCUUAAAAUUAAACACAAAGAGAUGACUUAGAACUAUGAAAAAACUUUCAGCGUACCAAUGUUUACAGGCUUUUAAGUUUGCUAGUGUCAUCAAUAUAAGUUCUUAAUGCAGUAUUAUAUAGCUAGUGGUAUUAAAGUUCUUAUCAUUUUGGACUAUAUUAACCCAUUCAUGCCUAGCGUCCUGAAAAAAAGGACAUUGCAAACAGCGUAGACCCAGAUGAGACGCCGCAUGAUGCGGCGUCUCAUCUGGGUCUGCGCUGUUUGCUUAUAGGAAUUUCAGUAAGUAAUAUUCUAAAUAUAGAAAUAAAUAUACUUGACACCCCUAAUUUUGAAAAUAAAUUGAUCCAAUUAAGAAGGAUAGGAGAGUCCACUGGGCAUAAAUGGGUUAAUCUAUUACAACAAAUCAGUUUCGAGAAUAUUCCUAAUUUUUAGACUUAAGUCUUAGAAUUGGUUGGUGAAUACUGAACCAGUACUACAUAACUACUCUAUAGAGGACAUGUGAAUACUGAACCAGUACUACAUAACUACUCUAUAGAGGACAUGUGAAUACUGAACCAGUACUACAUAACAACUCUAUAGAGGACAUGUGUUGGUGAAUACUGAACCAGUACUACAUAACUACUCUAUAGAGGACAUGUGUUGGUGAAUACUGAACCAUACUACAUAACAACUCUAUAGAGGACAUGUGUUGGUGAAUACUGAACCAGUACUACAUAACUACUCUAUAGAGGACAUGUGUUGGUGAAUACUGAACCAGGACUACAUAACUACUCUAUAGAGGACAUGUGUUGGUGUUUGUAGAGUAUAUUCUUUAAUCCAUAAAGUCAGAGAAAUUAACAUUUUCAUGAGUGAUUUAGUCUUUAUUUACAUGGAAAACCGGAGCAUUUAGCGGAAAUGAUAACUCUAAACGCGAAAAAGUGACCAAAUGUUAUUUGUCUUUGCUGGAAAUAUCGAAUAAAGAAUGUGUAAUCACUGA